AUGGAAGGAGAAGACGUUCAAGCUUUGGUCAUUGACAACGGUUCCGGUAUGUGCAAGGCCGGUUUCGCCGGAGAUGAUGCUCCCCGUGCUGUGUUCCCAUCGAUCGUUGGUCGCCCAAGACACACCGGUGUCAUGGUCGGUAUGGGUCAGAAGGACUCCUACGUCGGAGAUGAGGCCCAGUCCAAGAGAGGUAUCCUGACCCUCAAGUACCCAAUUGAGCACGGUAUCGUCACCAACUGGGAUGAUAUGGAGAAGAUCUGGCAUCACACCUUCUACAACGAGCUCCGUGUCGCCCCAGAGGAGCACCCAGUCCUUUUGACUGAGGCCCCACUCAACCCAAAGGCCAACCGUGAGAAGAUGACCCAGAUCAUGUUCGAGACCUUCAACACCCCAGCCAUGUACGUUGCCAUCCAGGCCGUCCUUUCCCUGUACGCCUCUGGUCGUACCACCGGAAUCGUCAUGGACUCUGGUGAUGGAGUUUCCCACACCGUCCCAAUCUACGAGGGAUACGCCCUCCCACACGCUAUCCUCCGUCUGGAUCUCGCUGGUCGUGACCUCACUGACUACCUGAUGAAGAUCUUGACCGAGCGUGGAUACUCAUUCACCACCACCGCCGAGCGUGAGAUCGUUCGUGACAUCAAGGAGAAGCUCGCCUACGUCGCCCUCGACUUUGAGGCUGAGAUGCAGACUGCUGCCUCCUCAUCUGCCCUCGAGAAGUCAUACGAGCUUCCUGACGGACAGGUCAUCACCAUCGGUAACGAGCGUUUCCGUUGCCCAGAGGCCCUCUUCCAGCCAUCCUUCCUCGGAAUGGAGUCUGCCGGUAUCCACGAGACCACCUACAACUCAAUCAUGAAGUGUGACGUUGAUAUCCGUAAGGAUCUCUGCGGAAACGUCGUCUUGUCCGGAAGGUACGACCAUGUUCCCCGGCAUUGCUGCCCGUAUGCAGAAGGAGUUGACUGCCCUCGCCCCAUCCACCAUGAAGAAUCAAGAUCAUCGCCCCACCCGAGCGCAAGUACUCUGUCUGGAUCGGAGGUUCCAUCCUUGCUUCCCUCUCCACCUUCCAGCAGAUGUGGAUCUCCAAGGAGGAGUACGACGAGUCCGGACCAUCCAUCGUCCACAGAAAGUGCUUCUAAACGCCCAACUUGUUGUGUUAUUAAUAAAUCG